UCCAAUCAAAAAAGCAACUUUGAAGUUUUGGAAAAUAUUUUUUUAUGAAAAUAUAUUUUUUACAAAAAGAAUCAGAUAUUAGAUUUGGGAUUUAACGAUUACGAUAUGAUGGUGGAAUCUGAUGGUAAUACUGAUGCUACUCGCAGACUUAAUGUGAAAAAGCAAACGCUGGACGAUGCUUAUGCGGUGCCUGCGAAUUUUUUGGAAAUAGAUGUUGUGAAUCCUCAAACUACCAUGACAGCAGGAAAGAAAAGAUACACCGAUUAUGAAGUUAAAAUGCGAACAAAUCUUCCUGUAUUCAAAGUUAAGGAUUCUAGUGUUCGCCGUCGCUAUAGCGAUUUCGAAUGGCUAAGAAAUGAGUUGGAACGUGAUAGCAAAAUCGUGGUACCUCCAUUGCCUGGAAAAGCCUGGAAAAGACAAAUGCCGUUCCGCAACGACGAAGGAAUUUUUGACGAAAAUUUUAUCGAAGAACGACGCAAAGGUUUAGAGGCGUUUAUAAACAAAAUAGCCGGUCACCCUUUGGCUCAGAAUGAAAGAUGUCUUCAUAUGUUUUUACAGGAGAGUGUUAUCGAUAAAAAUUAUGUUCCCGGAAAAAUACGCAAUACUUAAGAACCUCUGCAGUAAUCUUGAAGUAUAUGUACACAUAGAAACAUGUUAAAGAAUUUACAACUAUUGUAACGUUUUAAAAAUUAGUAACUGCAAUCUGCAAUGUAUUUAUUGUGGAGGAACAAUGAUUGAAUAAGAAUAUUUUUCUCUUAAUUUAGGAUAUUCUACAUUUUAUAUAUUUUCGAAUUCCAAUGUUAAAUAAUCUAAUUGUAUUUGUCUUAAUAUUAAAUAUACACAUUAAUAAUAUGGUACUAAUACGUACUAUGUUUCUUUGAAA